AUGCCCAAGAUGAAGCUCCCCACUAUCUACAAUGUCCACCUCGUGGCCAUCAUCGCCACCCUGGGCGGUGCCCUUUUCGGCUUCGACAUCUCGUCCAUGUCGGCCAUCGUCGUCACGAACCAGUACAUCACCUACUUCAACAAUCCCUCGGGCGUCAUCCAAGGUGCCAUCGGUUCCGCCCUCGCCGCCGGCUCCGUCCUUGGCUCUGCCGUUGCAGGCCCCAUCUCGGACAAGAUUGGCCGGAGGGACUCCAUCAUGUUUGCGUGCUUAUUCUGGCUCAUUGGGACAUCUGUGCAGGUGGCCUGCCAAAACGUCGGCCAGCUGAUCGUGGGCAGAGUGUUCAACGGAUUCACGGUUGGUAUCACGUCCGCUCAGGUGCCCGUGUACCUGGCUGAGAUCGCCAAAGCGGAAAAGAGAGGGAGUCUGGUCAUUAUCCAGCAGCUCGCCAUCGAGUUUGGCAUUUUGAUCAUGUACUUUAUCGGCUAUGCGUGUGCGAGUAUCCCGGGGACGGCAAGCUUCCGGACGGCGUGGGGGACGCAGUUUAUUCCUUGCGUUCUCCUCAUGAUUGGGCUGCCCUUUCUGCCCCGGUCCCCCAGAUGGUUGGCCAAAGUGGGGAGGGAUGAAGAAGCGAUCCGGACGCUGGCAAACAUCCAGGCGGAUGGCAAUAUUGAGGAUCCGAGGGUGAUUGCCGAGUGGGAAGAGAUUGUCACAGUCAUGAAUGCGGAGAGGGAGGCUGGAAAGGGGUGGAGGAAGUUUUUCAAGAAUGGAAUGUGGAAGAGGACCAUGGCGGGAAUGACGGUACAGGCGUGGCAGCAACUGGCUGGUGCCAAUGUCAUUGUGUAUUACCUGACAUAUAUCGCCCAGAUGGCCGGGUUGGAGGGCGAUGUGGCCAUGGUUACUUCGGGUAUUCAGUAUGCCGUCUUCAUCAUCUUUACAGGUGUCAUGUGGCUUUUCAUUGACAAGACUGGCCGUCGCACUCUCCUUGUCUGGGGAGCUCUUGGCAUGGGCUUCUGCCACUUCGUCAUCGGCGGUGUCAUGGGUGGCAACCACACCGACGUUCCUGGUGGAGUUGGCAACCCCCCGAAUGCCAACAUUGUCAUUGCUGUUCACUCGGGCGCCCCGGCCAACACUGUCAUCACCUUCUCGUAUCUCCUGAUCGUGGUGUACGCCCUUACGCUGGCUCCAGUAUGCUGGAUCUACGCUGCUGAAGUGUGGUCCCUCGGCACCCGUGCCACAGGCAUGUCGAUGGCGGCUCUGUCCAACUGGGUCUUCAACUUUGCCUUGGGCAUGUUCACGCCACCAGCUUUUGUCAACAUUACCUGGAAGCUCUUUAUCAUAUUUGGCGCCUUGUGCGUUGCCGCGGCGAUCUGGUUCUGGGUGUUUUACCCAGAGACCUGCGGUAAGACGUUGGAGGAGAUUGAGGUCAUGUUCUCUAAGGACGGGCCACGUCCGUGGAACACCAGAAAGGGCGAGUCUCGCUUGGCUGCCGAGAUCGAGGCUGUCAUUGCUAGAAAAGAAAAGGGGGAGCAGCCUGGUUUGGCUGAGACUGUCACGCGCGAUGGCGAAAACAAGGCUUAGUUGACCAUGACCUGAAAGACAAUAAUUAGAUUGCGCGUCUGGUUGUAGCUAGGAUGGAUGUUCGAUAACUUAGUACCACCUUUGCGGGUCUCGAUGGCCAUUCGACUCUUGGCACGUCUCCUGGAUUGCGUGGUUCCCCCAGGCAGCAUUUAAUAGAAAGAACCCGAACUCCCAUGUGAUUUGCUACCCAUCCCUAAUAAAGUUUUUACCAAUGUAUUAC